AUGCCGCCAAGAAAUUCGAAGAUCAGGGUGCUCAAGUUUUAUUUGUCUCUACUGAUUUCGAAAAUUCCUUCUUGGCAUGAACUAAACCUCUCCAGAAAAGAUGGUGGACUGGGUCCAGUUAAGGUUCCUUUGUUGGCUGAUACAAACCACACCUUAUCUCGAAACUACGGCGACUUGAUUGAAGAAGAAGAGAUCGCAUUAAGAGGUUUAUUCAUCAUCGAUCCAAAGGGUUUCAUUAGACACAUCACCAUUAAUGAUUUGUCCGUGGUAGGAACGUCAACGAAGCGUUCAGGCUGGUCGAAGGCUUCCAGUGGACUAACAAAAACGGCAUAG